ACGAAUGGACAAUUAAAAAAGUUGUAAAGAAUUUGCGACGUAUUGUACUUGUGGAUCUUUUGUCAGGCAGUGAUGCUCCUGAUCUAAGGUUUACACUCAAAACCCAGACGCGAAUUCCCAUUGAUCACAAUUUGAAACGUCUUAUCAAAGACGUGCAAAAUCCAAAUCGUAACGAGUCUUUUAUGGCUUUGCGACCUUCUGAUUUCGCAGGCACAUGGAUUCAU